ACAUAUCUGUAUCUAUGUAUCUAUCCAUCACGUCAUCCAUCUCUAUCUACACUUCGAGAAAACACACGGUGUCAUCUUCUCUCACACGUAACCGCAUCAGCAUUUCGAAUUGCUCCAAGCAAUCGACGUCAACGCGCGCGCGUUUUCCUCUGCCUCUCUAUCGCCUCAUCUCCAGACUCCGCCUGAAAUUAUUCUAUCGAUAACUAAUUUGAGGGGAAUGCUAUGUGUGUUUUGGUAUUUGAGCGGCUGCCUAUUGUUAAUUCGUAAUAUUAAUCUUUUCCGAUCGAAGGGCGUGGAGGAAGAUCAAUGGAUUUUGAAUACCGGGAGGUUUACAUAAAUAGCUCAAGAGGAGUGCAGCUAUUCACUUGCAGAUGGUUGCCAUCUUCUUCUCCCAAGGCUCUGGUUUUUCUUUGCCAUGGUAUGCAUAUGACUAUGUCUGCUGCUAAGAUUUCUUCACCGGUUUUACGCUGGCACUGUUGAUUAACUUUGCAGGUUAUGGCAUGGAAUGUAGUAACUUCAUGAAAGGUACAAUAGGUGAAUGAAUGAGCACGAGCAGGUGUCGGAAUGAAGCUGGCACUUGAUGGUUACGCCGUGUUUGGAAUUGAUUACGAAGGGCAUGGACGAUCCAUGGGUGCUCGAUGCUAUAUCAAGCGGUUUGACAACAUUGUCGAUGACUGCAGCAACUAUUUCAAGUCAAUCUGUGAACAGGAAGAAUACAAGGAAAAGAAAAGAUUCUUAUACGGGGAGUCGAUGGGAGGCGCGGUGGCUCUGUUAGUACACAGGAAAGACCCAAGCUUCUGGCAUGGAGCUAUUCUAGUUGCUCCCAUGUGUAAGAUAUCAGAGAAGGUGAAGCCUCACCCUGUGAUCAUCAGCCUCUUGAUGCGAGUGGUGGAUCUCAUACCCAAAUGGAAGAUAGUUCCAACCAAGGAUGUUAUCGAUUCGGCAUUCAAAGAUCCUGCAAAGCGCGAGGAAGUCCGUAGCAACAAACUGAUAUACCAGGAGAAACCCAGGCUGAAAACAGCUCUGGAACUUCUCCGAACCAGCAUGGACCUCGAGGACACUCUCGACCAGGUGACCCUGCCAUUCCUGGUGCUGCACGGCGAGGCUGAUGCCGUGACGGAUCCAGAAGUAAGCAGAGCCCUGUAUGAGCAAGCCAGCAGCAAGGACAAGACGAUGAAGCUAUAUCCCGGGAUGUGGCAUGCCUUGACAGCCGGAGAACCAGACAACAACGUCGAUAUUGUGUUCUCGGAUAUCUUGUCGUGGCUUGACAACCGUGUUCUUCGAGAUCAUGGUCAUGGAUGUAAGAGCAGAUCGUCUAUCAAGAAUUCUGAAAGUUUGCCAGUCGCCAGUGCUGAAGGAAAUGCAACAAAGCUGAAUCGUCGUGGGCUGUAUCACUAUUCGGCUCUGUAGGAUCAGCAACACAUAUCGACUAGUGCCAUUUGGAUCUUUAUCUAAUUAUCAUCUGUUGUGUAAUUGGUGUACACACCUGCUGAUGUUGAUCAUUCGUUUGCAUGUAACAUUAUUUGAUCAAUUGAAGAUUAAAUAACUUUAUUCUAAAAACAAAACAAAGAAAUGCAAACAAAUGUAAAAAAAAUGAAUGAUGGCUGCUUGCAUUGCUCCAUUGCUCCUUAUUUUCA